CAAGUUUGAGGUGCCUGCAAGUCAAUCUAUCCAAUCCUCGUGUGCAUUCUCUUCUUUUGAUUUUUCCUAUUCUUGCAUUUAUUCUACACUAUGGCCGAGGCUACUACAGACGCACCAAAGCCUGCAGAAAAACCACGGCUGAUCAGCGAAGCCGAUGUAACAAAGUACAAGACUGCUGGUGACAUCGUACACGAUGUUAUGAAGAAACUGAUCGAACUCUGCGUCGAGGGCGCAAAGAUCAUCGAUCUUUGUAUCGAGGGUGACAAGUUCAUUGAGGAGGGGACUGGUGGAGUUUACAACAAAGCCGUGAAGGGUGUUAAAAUGGGCAAGGGCCUUGCAUUCCCCACAUCGAUUUCUGUGAAUAACACUGUCUCCCAUUUCUCCCCUCUGGCUUCAGAUCCCCUAUCAUCCCAGGCCCUUGCUAAAGGCGAUGUAGUAAAGGUACACAUCGGCGCACACAUCGACGGUUUCGCUGCCAUCAGUGCGGAGACCAUUGUCGUCGGCGCAUCCGAGCAAGAACCCGUAACUGGCAGAAAAGCAGACGUAAUUAAGGCAGCUUGGAAUGCAGCUGAGAUCGCCAUGAGGCUCGUGAAGGUUGGCAACAAAAACUUUACGGUCACCGAUGCCGUCGCGAAAACUGCGGCGGCGUGGGAUUGCAAGCCCGUUGAAGGCAUGCUCUCUUGCCAGCAGUCGCAAAAUGUCAUUGAUGGCAAGAAGCGCAUCAUUCUGAAUCCGAACGAGGCGCAGAGACGCGAUAUUGAGUCGAUCACGUUCGCGGAAGACGAGGUUUAUGGAAUUGAUAUUCUCAUUUCCUCAGGAGAGGAUGGCAAGGCACGUAUUGAGGAUUCUCGGACGACUAUCUACCAAAAAGAUAGCUCAGUAACUUAUCAGCUGAAGAUGAAGAACUCGCGUGCUGUGUUCUCUGAAGUGCAGAAAAAGGCUGGCGCCUUUCCAUUCAAUGUUCGUGCACUGGAGGAUGAGAAGAGAGCAAGACUUGGUCUUCAAGAGGCCGUGCAACAUGGCUUGAUCAAGCCGUAUGAAGUCGUGUACACUCCUGCAAACACAUUUGUGGCAGCAUUCCACUUUACGAUCGCAUUAGUUCCUGCCGGCCCGCUGCUGCUGACUCACCCUCCGGUGUGGUACAAGCCAGAGCUGGUGAAGGCUGAGAAGGAGUUGGAAGAUGAUGAGCUCAAAAGCCUGUUGACCAAAUCCCUCCGUGAGAGCAGAAAGAGUAAGAAGAAGGCAAAGGAAGCUGAAGGUAACGCGGAUGACGUAUAAGAAGCCAAAUAAAAUUUACGUGUAAAGUAGACGAUCGCAGUUCGGCGAUCGGUGAACUCUUUCUGUACCAUGAAGGCUGUCGAAGGGAACUAUGUCUUCCUUACAAACCAUUGUUGUCCACAUGACUCAUCACCUAGAAGGUCCCUUGUUUUCGUUCCGAGUUCUCUCCAAACUCGCCAAUAGUCCGGGCUACCAGAUCUACGUUCUCCAGAAAGCCAUUUGUCGUCAGUCUCGCCAGUCGAACAGUUGAAGUCGCGAAUGACCUGCG